GCCGUCGGGAGUAGCGGCCGCCCCGCGGCAGGUGCGGCGCCGCCCCCGCCCGAACUACAUGUCCCGGGGUGCCGCGGGGCGCGCGUGGCGCGGGCGCGGCGGCGGCGGUGGGGGCGUAGCGAAGAUGGCGGCGGGAGCCCUGCGCCCCGCUCCGGGCUGAGCGCGGCGCGGCCCCGCGCGGCCCUCAGAGCGGCGGCGGCGAUGUCCGAGCCGGAGCACCUGGGCGGGAAGCGGGCCGAGUCGGCGCGGCUGCGGCGGGCCGAGCAGCUGCGGCGCUGGAAGGGCUCCCUGACCGAGCAGGAGCCGGUGGCGGCGGGGGGCGGCCGCGGCCGGCAUCGCGGCGCGGGGGGGUCCCGCGUCCGCUUCGAGGAGGGCGCCGUGUUCCUGGCCGCCUGCUCCAGCGGCGACACCGAGGAGGUGAAGAGACUGCUGGGCCGCGGCGCCCGCAUCAACACCACCAAUGUGGACGGGCUGACAGCCCUGCACCAGGCCUGUAUUGAUGAGAACCUGGACAUGGUGAAGUUCCUAGUAGAAAAUGGAGCCAAUGUGAACCAGCAAGACAACGAGGGCUGGACCCCUCUUCAUGCAGUGGCAUCAUGUGGCUACCUGAACAUAGCAGAGUACCUGAUCAGCCACGGGGCCAACGUGGCUGCUGUGAACAGUGAGGGGGAGGUCCCGUCUGACAUCGCGGAGGAGGCGGCCAUGAAGGACCUGCUUCUGGAGCAAGUCAAGAAACAAGGUAUAGACCUAGAGCUGUCAAGGAAAGAAGAGGAACAGCAAAUGCUCCAGGAUGCUCGGCAGUGGCUGAACAGUGGGAGAAUUGAGGAUAUAAAGCAGCCUCGGACAGGAGCCACAGCUCUUCAUGUUGCUGCAGCCAAGGGCUAUUCUGAAGUCAUGAGGCUCCUGAUCCAGGCUGGGUUUAAUUUGAACGUCCAGGACAAUGAUGGCUGGACUCCACUCCAUGCUGCUGCUCACUGGGGAGUGAAGGAAGCGUGUUCCAUCCUGGCUGAGGCUCUGUGUGACAUGGACGUCAGGAACAAGCUGGGCCAGACGCCCUUCGAUGUUGCUGAUGAGGGACUUGUGGAGCAUUUAGAAAUGCUGCAGAAGAAACAGACUGUGCUGCGAAGUGAGAAGGAGACAAGAAAUAAGCUGAUUGAAGCUGACAUGAAUGGGAAGCCUCAAAACAGACUCUUCACCAACAAAGAGAAGAUUCUUUAUGAGGAAGACACGUUGAAGUCCAUGGAAAUUGAGGAAGAGAACAAGGACUCAAGCAGUUCUAGUUCUGAAGAGGAAGAAGCUGAAGAUGAAGUUUCAGAAUCGGACGCUGAGAAGGAGUCAGAGAGAAAGGAAGAGCCCUUUGCCAACCACUCCAGCCGUGAAUCCAGGCCCAGCAUCACUGAGCAAAUGCCACCACCCGAGCCCAACUCCUUCACUGCAUCUGCCAGAAGAUUCAGUUGGCUCAGCAAAUCAGAUGAGCAGAAGGAUGAGUCACCUUCGUCGUGGCGGCUGGGCCUGAGGAAGACUGGCAGCCACAACAUGUUGAGUGAAGUCGCUGCCACUCGUGAGGCACAGAGGGAUAAAACUUCUUCUAUCUAUCGCUCCUCAUCCAGCCCUCGGAUAUCUGCGCUGUUGGACAACAAGGAAAAGGACAGAGACAACAAGAGUUAUUUUGCCACCAUAGUCCCCAGAAGACUGAGCAGUACAAGUGAUAUAGAAGAAAAAGAAAACAGAGAAUCUGCUGUGAACCUGGUGCGGAGCGGCUCCUACACCCGGCAGCCCUGGAGGGAUGAGCCGAAGGGAAAUGAAGCUCCCCACUCUGGUGCACCCACUACCUAUGUAUCCACCUACUUGAAAAGUGCUUCAUUUGGUAGAAGUAGUGACCUGAGCAGUCCCUACAUUUCAGCCAGUCGCAGUCCAUCUCUAGCUACCUCACCCACUGCCAUUGGCUCAUCUACUUCCCCGGGCACCCCGUGGCAACCUGUCUCUUGCUGUCCCACAUCUCUCGGUGUGAACACUCCUGCUUCAGCCUGCCACAACACCAGAGCCCCUUUCAGGCAACAAACUGAUUCUGCUGUAGAGAAAAGCGCGGAGGGCAGCUGUGCCAGCACCCCUCUAGGUGUAAUCACAAACCGUGCUGUGCUCGGCACUGCCAACGGCACCGGGAAUGCCGGGGCCGCCUCCGCCCCAGGGAAGGAUCUCUCGGCUGAGGAGGCCAGGGAGCGCAGAAGGUCAUAUCUGACUCCAGUGCGGGAUGAGGAAGCAGAAUCACUGAGGAAGGCACGAUCCAGACAGGCCCGGCAGACUCGCAGGUCUACCCAGGGCGUGACACUGACGGAUCUGCAGGAGGCCGAGCGCACGUUCAGCCGCUCGCGGGCGGAGCGCCAGGCGCAGGAGCAGCACGGCGACAGAGCCGAGGACGGCGGCGAGCGGCCCGAGAGCCGCGCGCGCUGGGGCAGGAGUGCGGAUGACGAGACUGUCUAUCGGCGGUUGAGGGGCCCGGCACAGCCCGACAAACCCACAACACCUGUGUCUCCUUCUACAGCAGCACCUCUGCUCUAUACAAGUUCAUACCUGACUCGAACACAUAAAUAUCUAGGGCUGGACUCUGUGAAUCCAGCAGAUUUCAGAGCAGCAGCCACAGAGAUGGACAAAAAUGAGUGUGAAGAUCAGGAUUCAGACGACAGAUCCCUGAACAAACAGUCGAUCCGGGAGCGGCGACGGCCAAAGGAGAGACGGAGAGGCACCGGCAUCAUCUUCUCAACACAAGAUGAUGAUGAUGAAGUUGAUGGAAAUGAGGAAGUGAAGGAAACUCGGCAUGAAAGACUUUCUAGGUUGGAAUCAGCUACAAACCCCACCACGAGUGACUCGUCCUACAGCGACCGUGCCUCCAGCCGCUCCAGUGCCUACAGCCGCAGGGAGAACCGGCUCGCUGCCCUCAGCAGCCGGGCAGAGGAGGAGAGCAACAGGGACUACAAGAAGUUAUACGAGAGUGCCCUGUCUGAAAAUCAAAAGCUGAAGUCCAAGCUGCAAGAAGCCCAGCUUGAGCUGGCAGAUAUCAAAGCAAAGUUGGAAAAAGCAACCCAGCAGAAACAGGAGAAAACUUCUGACCGGUCCAGCAUGCUGGAGAUGGAGAAGAGGGAGAAGCGAGCCCUGGAGCGGAAACUCUCUGAAAUGGAGGAGGAAAUGAAGUUCCAGUGUGCUGACCCUCUGUGCUCUGACUAGUCUGCAGCCCAAGUUAAGCCGCUGAGGUUCUCUCCGGAUGGAUUUUGACAGAGCUGAAGUCGGACAACCAAAGGCUGAAGGAUGAGAACGGAGCCCUCAUUCGUGUCAUCAGCAAACUCUCCAAAUAGGAAUCCUGAGCAAAGGCAGGACAAGGAGGGGUGUCCUACACCAGCUGCCAACCCCACCACCGAGCCCUACCCCCCUUUCCUUCCCGCCACGUACAGCAAGCGUUUCAGCUGUGGGAUCAAUGUCACACCUGCCUUGCCCUGCCCUUUGCUGUACAUUCCCUUUCUACCCCUAUUCCCGCCCAACACACCCCCCUGCCAUUUUAUUUUUUUUAAUUUAUGCAUGUUGUGGUAUCUCGGACAUUUUAUUCAAGGGAGAAAUGUGAGGACUGAGUUUGAGCUGCCAAAACUUUUUCCAGAAGCUCAGUAUUUGGUUUUGGACUCUGACCUGGAGUGGGAAGCUCCUACUGUAAAAAGUGACAUCUGAAGAACUAACCCAGCAUAUCCAAGCUCUUUACAGGUGGGAAAUGUGAACAUGGGCCGGGACUCUGAGGAUGCACAUCAGCCCACUGAGAUGUGGGACUCUGGUUAAAUGUGAUGCUGUGAAAGCCACCAGAGCUCAUGUUUGUCACAGGCUGAUGAGCUGUUUUGCACAGAGACCUUCUCCUCUUGCCCCAGUAGACUGACUGUUCUAUUUAAGAUAAGAUUUUAAACCUGUUCAGUAACAUCAGUGCUGACACUCAGUGUCAGACCCUUACCCCUCACCCUCCCUUUACCCCACUGCCCCAGUGACCCUAUGUCACGUUGUGUCUUUCCAGUGCUCUUGUCUCUGUGGUUGGUUAGCAUCCAGUUGCCACCUGGACUCUUGUUCCUUGGGAGAGGAUAUAUCCCAGGCACUUGCUGAGCUUUCUGAGGGGCAAAUGUGAACCCCUUCAGACCCUCUGCUGCUCUCACCUGUGUGUGAGCGUGAAUCACCUUGCAGGGAGCUGUGCCCAUGCCAGAAACCAACUUCCCCUUCCCAGCAGCCAUCUGGGACAUUCUCCUGCUGCCUCCCUGAAGGCAGAGUCCCAUAGCAGAGCCUGGUCUGGUAUUUCGGGUACCUCCCCUUUGAUUUGCAGCAGGAUUUGUAGAGACAGAAUGCCAGCACCUUUUUACACACACCUUGGAAAGGUCAGGGUGUGUCAAUGUCAAGAGGGACAAGGAGCUGCUGGUAACUGAAUCACCAUGAUGAAAGUCUUCUGACCUGACAAAAACUUGUGAUAAACUUUGACCUUGAAGGAAACCUCCAGAAAUACUCCUCUUUAAUGUUACAUGCACUCUGAACAUUUUGGAAUUGUUCUCUCCCAUGGGCAUUUAGACAUUGGCUCCUCUCUCCAUGCUGUGGGACAUCAUCAGGUCUGUUGAGCUUCCCGUUAACAGACUCCUAUCAAACAAUGCCUUCCCUCUCAGAGACUUCCUGCUGUAUCCAAAACAUUCUCCCAUCUACAUCCUUCCAUAUUUGUCCUUUCAUCCCCUUUGUCCUUCAACUCCCCAGAUUCUGUCUGGCCAAGGGCAGCAGUUCUUGGCCACUGAACCUGGAGGUGGCCAUGGAGCAGCUCUGCCACGUUCCUGAGCAGCUCUGCUGGCUCUGGCUGGGGAGAUUCUCCACUGCCGGAGAGAUACUUGAACAUGAGCGGAAUACUUGAGCUUGCUCAACAGGGUAAAACUUAUCUCUAAUCAGGCAAUCCUGGGCUUUUUCAAACCUUUUGCUGAUUAUUGCCUCAGAAAGCAUCUCUGUUUUCCUCUCCUGCAGUUUUCUCUCUUUGUUUUUUUACCCCCCCUCCAUUUUCCCCUCCUCCCCUCCCUGUCCUGCCUGUUUCCACCUCUCUUGCUCUCCCUGGAGCUGCCCGUUUUCCCCAGGCAGCUCUGACCACAAGUUGCUCUCCAGCUGAUGGAGCCGUUUGUGCAGCUGAGGCACCGUUUCUCCUGGUACACUGAGGCUCUUCCUCUGCUGCUGAGCUUUGAGAGGAGGAGACCAAAGCUGGUAAAGGCACCAGGGUUUCUGCAGAGCACUGCCUAAGCCAGGCAUCCUUUUUAUAUUCCUUGAUUUUAACCCUGCUCUAUUUAACGGCUUUAAGUCUUGAGAUCCGGUCAAUGCUUCCCCUGCACGCCGUUCCCUCUUGGUGCACUCUUUAUGUGAGUACUUCUGCCGUUCUUGAUGUUUUCUCUCUUGGUGACGUGCUCCUCGCUUCAGCCUCGGGCUCUGGCUCUGCUCAGAUCGGGGAUCAGGAGCCCAGUCCCUUCUGUGCCACAUGGAGGAGGAGAUGCUCCCCAGCUGGGCCAGCGCCUCAGGCCACGCAACCCGGCAGGAUCGGAGGAGUUCAGAAUAAAGAUCCUGUUCUUCUCACAGGCGAGUUCCUGGCAGCAGGAAGAAGCCUAGUGUCUGUUUUAGGAAGAGGGUUCAACCCAAUCUGACAAAUCCAUCCCGCACUGAUGUUUUGCCCCUUCCUACCAGGACACUCACUGUGCUUUUUCCCAAGGAUCAGAGUGGGAAGGCUGUGGGAGGUUCGUUCUUCUGAGUGGCACCUUGCAGAGCCAAACCACUUUAGCUGAAGUGUCUGCUUAGCACUGGAUUCUCCCGAGCCCUGGGCCUCCACAGCUCAGUGUCCCUGAUCAGCCAAAGCUGUGAGCAUCUCGUCAUGAUGGAGCAACUGCAAUCCAAAUUCUUGAGAAUGGAUUUUUUUUGUCUCACUUCAUGCCUGACAUAACCAGUGCACUGAGGAGGUGACAAACAGGACACCUCGAACCCUGUGCUUGGGGCAGGAUGCGGAGCAAAUAGGUUUUAAAAUUGAUCCCUCUUGGAACCAGAGCAUUUGCCAGAUGUGGUCUCCCUUGGGGAACAUGAGCUUUUUUUUCUAAGCAAUUGCUUAGGGUGAGUUAAUUCCUUGGGGUGAACCCACCUGUUGUGGCUGCAAGUUUGGUGAUGGCUCUUUGUAAAUAAACUCCUUGGAGAAGCAGGACUGGCUGACAGAUGGGGAGAGAAUGUAUUUUUAUGCAACUUUUGAGUGGCCUUUCAAACCCUGAGAUGAAUGAUUUGUUUUACUGGUUGUUGUUAUAUAGUAUUAUAAGUAUUAUGUGUUUGAAAGUUUGGGAAUAAUAUUCACAGCUAUGAUGCUUGUAAACACAACAGUAUUUAUAAAUGAAUAAAAUAAGAGUUGAUAAAAUAGAA